GCAACAUAGUGCCCGUUUGAGAGGGGUGUUUCUGGUGGGGAAGGGGUGUUACUAGGAGUACGAGAUGCGAUGUGUGGCGUGGCAAGGGCUUACACGUGGCAUGGCUUUAACUAUGAGGAGCGAUAUCGGGGCGUUCAUUACCGAGCCUGCGGCAUCAACAGGGGCGAGAGUUGAGGGCCAGACGGAGAUGGCGUGCUUGAGUGACAUGUGGACAGGAGACACCGAAUGGCUCUGCAGUGCUCAAGCGACUAGUGCGCGCUUAAGUCAAAUCCUGACGAAGUUGCGAACGGUUGUGAUCGAAAGGGAGAAGCCGUCGAUCUUGUGGAUUCGAAGUGCUCAACAAUCUUUAAUGGAGAUUGGAUGGGGGUUGGAAGAGGGGCCGCCCCCCCACCUGGAAUUCGCAGAUUGGCCACGAUCGAAUGCGUUCAUGCGGCGCUGCUACAAGGACCUUGAGGAGGGGCAAGGUCUUUGUGGCGACUUGGAGGAUAGACUCUACGACGACGACGACGACGAUAUUGCGGACGACACUCGUGACAGCAUCAUCACCGUUGACGACGCGGUUGAUACCGGCAACCAUGACGACAACAAUCAGCUCAUCUGCGUCGCUGAGGCCUGCAAAAACAACAACAACAGCAAUAACACAUUGACGGUGCCUGUGGCACAGGCCGCAAACAUCAACAACAACAACCACACGGAUGGAGAGGGCAGGAAAAGGAAGAAGAACGAAGGAAAGGACCCAACCAAUGACAUCAUGGACGAAGACUGGGAACAGACGAAAGUGGACGAGGACAAAAGGGAAGACAGCCAGGAAAACCCGGAUUGGCUUCAACAAGCAAUCAAGGACUUGGAGCGCGCAAGGGACCUAGAAUUCAAGCUGCACAUGGCUCACCAACGGUAUAACCGCAAGGUGCAACAGGCGGGGGCAGGUGCAUCCCAACAAAAUACAGGGUCCCCGAAUGGUAACAGAUUCGAGGCUUUGCACAAGGAGGAGGAGAUGGCAGAAUUUCUGGCGCAACAGUACGGUCUGAAAACGAGAGUGGAAGGAAACAUGCUUUAUUUGGACAAUCCUGCAUAUGAUAAACAGUUCCAGUGGCCAAAGUCGUACGUGGACAGAGACGAGCAUCCUGCCAAGGCAAAAAAAGGGAAAAGGAUGCAGGAGCUGUGUUAAAUUCCGGGCCGCCCGGCGGCCCAGCCUCCGUCCGGCAGGGGUCCCGGGCGGCCCGGCCGGUUGGGUCCCCCGGUUCGAUGCUGGGCGGGCCCAGCGCAUUUUUGCG